CCGAGCGGCGGCGGGCGCGGACGGGGCGGUUUGCCUCGUUCCUGGACGUGAAGCGAUCGGAGAUUUGGCUGUCUGAGGUGGCUCAGGAAGGACGCGCUGUAGCGCCUUUGAAAGAUAACCCAUCAGCAGGGAGUCCCUUCAGCGAAACGUUCUUGCGGGGGUGUGGAGGCUUCAGCAUCAUUUGCUUAGAGCCUGAAAUUCUGUCCCUCGGAAGGCUGGGAAUUAAGUCAGGAAAGGGAGGAGAGAAGGAGGAAUAAAGCUCAUCACCCUACCCCUGCCUCCUGCAGCACAGGACGUGCUCAGCCUGUAGGACCAGGAUUUAAAGUACCUGGAAACCCUGCAGAUCAUUUGGAGGACGGGAAGGGCUCGAAUGUGACCAUUUGUACCGUCUCUAAGAAGAGUCUGAGAGUUCACUGGCGUGAUAAGCUUUAUUUCAUAUUUGGCUGUGGAAUAGAUUCUUAUCCCUGCCUGCCUUUAGUGUGGGAAGGAUGCAGCAUUGUCCAUUUUAAUCCUUUAUAACCUCAAAAGUCUUCUGAGGCCAUUCAAGCCUUUCCUAGUGCGGAGAGAUUAAAGGAGGAGGAGAAGCUAAGGGCAGAAAUUGAAAUGGAAUUGUUCUUUUUACUUAAGGCUCGCAGCAAAGACGACGACCCCGUGUCCCACAGGCCCCUGGCUCUGGGCCCCAGUGCUCCCAGGCAGGAUCCAUGUGCGGGGAGUCGGGGCAGGAUGGAGAGCCUGGGGCUGCCAGCAGCGACCCUUGGGGAUGGCACCACGACCUACCUGCAGCAGGCUGCCAGAGGUGAAAAGCUGAUUGAAGGGCAAGUCAUUGAACUUGAAGAUGGGACCACAGCUUAUGUGCAUCAGGUGACAGUUCAGAAAGAGGCUGUGGCUUUUGAAGAUGGGCAGCCAGUGGUGCUGGAGGAUGGCAGCAUGGCCUUCAUACACAGCACAGCUAAAGAGAGUUAUGAGCCUGGCACAUUCCAGGCUGUCCAGCUAGAGGAUGGCUCCACUGCCUACAUCCACCGUCCUGUCAUCGUGGCACCUGGCAGCACCAUCCUGGAAGUGCAGACAGAAACUGGGCUCCAGGAGUUGGCUGGGGAGGAGGAGGAGGACGAUGGCUUUGAUGUGGACACCAUGAAUGCAUUGCAGCAGGGUGGCAGGAAGGGGUCUGAUGAGGAAGGGGAGGGAGUGACAGACACCUGCCAUGUGAAGAGUAAAGACUCCAGCAACAUCUCUUCCCAGGAUUUGCAGGAGGAGGAGGUGCAAAGCCACAGGAAGGGGCAGCAGGUCGGCAGCAGAGCUUUCCGCUGUGGGUACAAAGGCUGUGGCCGCCUCUACACCACUGCCCACCACCUCAAGGUACAUGAACGUGCUCACACAGGUGACCGCCCAUACACGUGUGACUUCCCAAGCUGUGGGAAAGCAUUUGCUACAGGGUAUGGUCUGAAGAGCCAUGUGAGAACACACACAGGUGAGAAACCCUACAAGUGUCCAGAAGACAUGUGUAGCAAAGCCUUCAAAACCUCCGGGGACCUGCAGAAACACAUCCGCACGCACACAGGUGAACGUCCCUUCAAGUGCCCCUUCGUGGGCUGUGGGCGCUCCUUUACCACGUCCAACAUCCGCAAGGUUCACAUCCGGACGCACACGGGCGAGCGGCCCUACAUGUGUGCAGAGCCUGGCUGUGGCAGGGGCUUCACCAGCGCCACCAACUACAAGAACCACAUGAGAAUCCACACAGGAGAGAAGCCAUACCUGUGCACCGUGCCGGGCUGUGGGAAGCGCUUCACAGAAUACUCCAGCCUGUACAAGCACCACGUGGUGCACACGCACUGCAAGCCCUACACGUGCAGCAGCUGUGGCAAGACCUACCGCCAGACCUCCACGCUGGCCAUGCACAAGCGCAGCAGCCACGGCGAGCUGGAGGCCACCGAGGAGAGCGAGCAGGCCCUCUACGAGCAGCAGCAGCUGGAGGCUGCUGCAGCUGCUGACAGAGGCUCUCCACUGACGAGUCAGCAUAUUGCUUUCCUGUCAGAGAUGGAGGAAGAUGAAGAAGAAGAUUCUGUGCCUACACAAAUCUCACUUAUCUCUCAGGAUGGGACAGAGCAGGUCAGUCUGUCUCAGGAGGAGCUGCAGGCCCUGGGCAGUGCCAUCGGCGUGGUGACGCACAGCGGGGUCCUCGCCGUGCCCGAGGGAGGGCUGGCAGGUGGUGACACUGGGGCCCUGACUGUGGCCAGCACUGAUGGCACCGAGGCACAGGAGGUGACCAUAGUCGCUUCUGGGGCAGUGGUGUCAGGGGAGUCGGACGUCGCCCCGCUCUGUCAUCAGCAGGUGGCAUUGCUGGCCACCUCCCACGGCACCCACAUUGCUGUGCAGCUGGAAGAGCAGCAGAGCCUGGAGGAAGCUCUCAGCAUGGCCACAGCAGUGAUCCACUACGAGCCAGUGCCACCUGGCACAGCCCUGCCUGAGAAGGGGAGCUGAGGCCAGCGGAGCAGCUGGGGCAGGGGAGUGGCAGCCCAGCCUGCCAUGUGCAGGGUGGCAGGGCAGGGACAGUGUCUGAGCCAGUGCCAGCGUGUGCCCUGGGGCAGCUGGGGCAGCACAGGCUGCUGGGGUGGCCUGUCUAAGGGGAGGGAGGGCAGAUACACUGGGCUGCUGCCUGCUCCUGGGCUCUGAGCAGCAGCCCUCUCUUCAGGGGCACUUCCUGCCUUCUCCCUUAAGGAAUGGUCCAACAAUUUUCCUUUCUUGCCCACCCCUCCAGCUCAGGGGCAAGUGGGCAGCACAUGCACAGAAGCAAUAAAGGCCCAUCAGAGCAAGCCCAGGCUGUCCUGAGCUCGGUAUGGAGGGUGAGCAGUUCCUGCCACUGGAGCCAGCACUGGGAUGGUUCCAACAGCAGUUCUCCCAUCUCUUUGUCACACUUCCUUUUCAAGCAGGGCUUCCAUGGCAGAUUCCUUGGCUGUGGAGCAGAGCAGCCAGCACUUGCCAGGAGCUGAGCUAGAUCUGGAUGUAAAUGCUGAGUUGAAAUAAAAACAAAUUUAAAAUUUGUUUUUUAAAA